AUGCCAAGAAGGAAAAGGGGAAGGCCGGAGAAAACUUGGGAUGUAGUGACCGACAAUAUAGGAUAUAGGGUUGAACAUGCGGAGCGCACAAGAACUGGCACAAAGCAAGAAGUGGAGAAAGAGCUUGUGGACAAUAGUGAUAGUCAAGACUUAUUACAAAGUGAAAUAUCCUUGUAUCAAGCUUUCUAUAAACAUGUUCGGUUUGAGACGACGUUUGCAGACGACACUGUAAUACUUUUUGAGGGCACUUCAUGGCAAGAGGUUGAACAGGUCGCGGAAAGGGAAAUUAAACGGGCUUAUGCUUAUCACAAUGAUUCUGGCAAGUUAUAG